UGGGUAACAAAAUGGCGGAAGCAGCAGUGGAGAGUUCAACUUCAGAGAGAUUUUACUGCCACCAGUGUACCCAAGAGAUAACACCGAAGUUGCCGGACUAUACGUGCCCACGUUGUGAUGGAGGUUUCAUUGAACAAAUGGCCGAAGAGUCGCCGAGCCAAUCCCCCGCAGCAGGAGAGUUAGACCCAGCAGCACAAUUUGCAGAGCUAUGGAGUAGAGCAUUCCUAGAUUCAUUUAGAAAUAAUACAACUGAUCGCAAUGAUAGUUCAGGGCCUUGGCCCCAGAACAGGGAUUCAGAUGAGGAGGAGCCCGAAGAAACCGCAGAUGGUCGACGUCCCUUUCAGGUCCGAUUUGCACCACGAACAAGGAUAUCUUUCCGAAGAGGCGGGCGACCUAACCCUAGUAGAAAUCCUUACCUAGAAGGAUUAGUAAACUAUUUUAUAUCUCGGCUUGGUGUAGAUCCAGCAGCGCAGGGUGGCUCACCUAUAGGAAUGUUUCAUCUCCAUGGCAACCCAGGAGACUAUGCAUGGGGAGCAGGGGGCCUCGAUCACAUUAUCUCACAGUUGUUGAACCAGUUAGAGGGUGCCGGCGCCCCACCAGCAGAGAAAGACAAGAUAGAUUCACUACCAACAGUUAGAAUCACCAAGGAACAAGCAGAUCGCAUCCUUCAGUGCUCAAUAUGUAUGGAAGAUUUCCAAGUGGAAGAGGAGGCCAAGAAGCUGCCCUGUGAACACCAUUAUCAUACACAGUGCAUAAAUAAGUGGCUGGAACUGCAUGGAACAUGCCCUGUGUGUAGGAAAGACUUGAAUGGAGAGACUUACAAGGAGGACUUUUCGCCCUCCAUGAACAGUGAUAGCUCCAACUCUUCAGAUGAGUUUCAGAGCUUGCACUGACACAGUCAGGCAAGUUUAAGAGCACUAGACUGGUUGGGAGCACUCUAAAGCCAGAAGGAACUGGUAAACGACGUGUAACAGUGUUACUUGAACAUGUGUGUGGUCACUCAGUGUGUGGACAUGUUUAAAACUCCUAGCUUUACCCCAUCACCACAAGCUGUAUGCUCUACCAUCAACUGAAUCACUUGGGUUCCAUCUGGAUAUAUGGAUCUGUAACCAUGGUGACUUAUUAGGCAUAAAGCGAUGCACCAACUUCAUUGAACCCCGAUCAUACAGAGAGGAAAGGACAGGAAAUUAUUGACUCAAGAGAGAAUCAGAGAAAUAGUCUUUUCCCACUAAUCCUUCCUUACCUGAGUGUGUGGACACAUAAUGUGUACUCAGCAGAGGAAGGAGGGACCAGAGACUCCAGGUCAUAAUAAUAUAGGUUAAUAGGUUGUAUAUAGUGCCACUGAACCCUUAGCUUGUUAUCUUCAUUAGUUUAUAAUAUUCAUACUUAGAUGUACAUUUGGGUAUGUUUUUUAAUGUGUUAUGUAUAUUUCCAACCUGAGAAAGUGUUGUUUUAAUCAUUCUGUUCAUGGUCUUUGUGUACAACUCACUUAAUGUUUCAUGUGAGUGUGGUUUGUCUUUAAUUCUUAUUAUCAGUGCUGUGAAAUAUCAGUUUGUAAGGAACAUGUGAAGAAAGCUUCAGUCAAGACUUUUUUCAGUUUUAACUAGUAGGAGAUGAGGAUUUGAAAAGUUUGUUGAAGGCAAUUAGACAGAAUCUUGAUGAUCCAGGGGAUUGCACAGUGUAUUUGAGCAUAUAUUUGUUGCCAUGACCACAAUGACUUCAUAUUCAUUCGACAUCAAAGAAUUCAGUUUGCAGGUCAAUAUUUUGAUAUGUCAGAGUUUUAUGUCAAAUUAUGGUUUGUGGGAUUAUGUUUGAUUCCUGGGAAUGAGAAUUUCACUUUUAUCAUACAUGACGUCACAGUAUACACAUAAAUCAUAGAUUUGCUGAGACUGUCAGCUAGGUUUCAGUAAAAAAAACACAUUCUCAUCCCAGGAUGUCCAUUGUGCUUUGGUGAUGCAGCCAAUUGUUCUGUUGGGGAGCCUUGUGGUUAAAGUGUUCGCUCAUUGUGCCCAAGACCCAGAUUUGAUUCCCCACAUGUGUACAAUGUGUGAAGCCCUUUUCUAGUGUCCCCUGCCAUGAUAUUGCUAAAAGUGGUGCAAGAACCUACCCGAAACAUCAUACAUAACACAGAGAUGCCAACCUCUCCGAUUUUAUCAUAGUCGCUAUGAAUUUUAGCUUCAAACUAUGCUAAUACGAUUGCACUAGAAAUUCUAUUAUAUUUGAAGAAUAUUCAGUAAAAUUCGGAUAUAUAGACAAAAACAUAUUUUCAUCAAUUAAAUACAUUUUCUGACUUCACUUACCUUUCAUUCAUCAAAUUUAAUGACAUUUGACUGGAAUCAUUGCAAGUAACAAACAAUUUUAGCAAAAUUAUUUAUCAGAAAUCUGAAGCUGAUCUCAAUACCUUUGCGAUUUGACCCACUUAUUGUGUACCGGCCGAAAAUGACGAUCCUAUUGGAAUGAUUUAACCACCUGACUGUUCCUUCCGUUCAAUUAUGCGGAACUGGUAUGUGAAAUUAAAGCUUCACUCUUGA